GUGAACGAAUGAACGGUUUCCGGCCACCAUCUUUUUCGUUUCCCUUGUUGUCGUUGUCAGAUCGGCGAGUUUUCUAAAAACCGCAACCAUGGGUCGUAUGCACGCACCUGGCAAGGGUAUUUCCCAGUCGGCGCUGCCGUACCGUCGCAGUGUCCCAACCUGGCUGAAACUCACUGCUGACGAUGUAAAGGAACAGAUUUUCAAACUGGGCAAGAAGGGCCUAACUCCAUCCCAAAUCGGUGUCAUGCUCAGGGAUUCACAUGGAGUUGCCCAAGUCAGAUUUGUGACUGGCAAGAAGAUCCUCAGAAUCAUGAAGGCUAUGGGGCUGGCCCCCGACCUACCCGAGGACUUAUACUACCUCAUCAAGAAGGCCGUUGCGAUGAGGAAGCACUUGGAACGCAACAGGAAAGACAAGGACAGCAAAUUCAGACUUAUCCUGGUCGAGUCCCGAAUCCACAGGCUAGCUCGCUACUACAAGACAAAGAGCGUUCUGCCCCCCAACUGGAAAUAUGAGUCGAGCACUGCUUCAGCCCUUGUGGCUUAAGUUUUAAUUAUAUUAUAAAACUUC